GAAUGAGCUAUUAUUUGCAUAUUCGAAUUUUUCACCCCAGAAUCAGCUUGGUCCCCCCUAUGAAACCCCUAUUCUCCGGGAUUGCCGGCUCAAGCACAAUUCCGACGAAUAUGUAUGAGCUUGCCCCUUAUGAUUUUUUGAUAAUUGGGGACCUGGGAUAA